GAGGGAAAGGUGCCUUGUGCGCGGCCUGUCCAGUGUCUCAAAUUCCUUUUUUUAUUCCCACCAGAACAGGUGGUGAGAAAAAUCUCCAGUCCGAGCCCGCUCAAUGGACGGCAUUGCGCGCAGGUUCAGAAACCAGGAAAUGCGACAAAUAAGACGCUGGUUCGCACAGAGACGUGACCUGCAGGCGCUCAUAUCCAUCCACAUGCAGCGAUGGAAGGCAGUCAUCAUUGACUGGGGGGAAAAUCGGGAGGAGAGGGGGGAGGGAAACCAAGCAGCCGCGGGGGGAGCUGCGGUGUGGACAGCGCCAAAGCAGCCAAGAAAGAGGUACUUACAGAGACCGAGGAAAGAAGUGACAGCUUUCAGAUGAAACGCGGUCAAGAUGGACACGGUCUGGGAAGACCCAAAGUGUUGUUGUUAUGUUGCGCGCGGAAGGAGGGGAUCGACGGAAAGAAAAUGGGGGGGUU